AUGCGCUCACUUUCGUGCCCGCUGGCCUGCAUGGCCUUCCUUCUGCUCUUCUUCCUUGGCGUCCAUGCUGGCAAUGCUGGAAGCUCCAACGCUGUCUGCCUCAGCGCUUUCGCGCCUGAGUGCCAGUGGCCCGUCAGCGAGCACACCAAGGCCGCCUGCUGCCCUGCCGACCGUCCGAUUUGCACCAGUGUCAUGGGUCACCUCGGCUGCUAUUCCCAAGACGUCAUCCCUCGUGAUGAUGGCUACCCGUACUCCACCAUCACGUUGGAUUUCGGUGACAACGCUAAGACUUCGACCACUUCGUCCGAGGUGAUCUCGUCUCCGACAACCUCCGCCAGGACUCUUUCAUCCGGUGCUCCCACGGCGAUCUCGAGCUCGCUCUCCACGGAAAGCUCACACACUGAUGACGUGAAACCUUCCACCAAGACAGUCCUCACUAUCGACUAUCCAGAAGAUGGCACUUCCACCACGACAGUCACUGCCAGCCCUUCAACGGUCACUGUCAACCCUUCUAUCUCCACUUGCGAUAUCGACUGCAGGACCUCCAGUGAUUAUAUCGUCGUGUCAGGUAACUACACGGGUUCUGUUGCGUCCAGGACGACCACUUAUUCGCACGAUGCCACCCCACGGACUACGGGCCCUUACUUCUCGGAGUAUACUGAGACUGUCUGGUACACGGGAGGCCGCCGGAACACCUGGAGCUGGAGCACUUUGAACCGUCAGGCUCCUACCGCCGCAGUCGCCGCUCGCGAGCUCACCAGCAUUUCGCUCGCUAAGAGCGACGUCAUGACAGUCACUGUCAAGAAUGCGGAGACAACUUAUCCUCUGGCGCUGAUCACUAACAGCGCAGUUUCUAUUCCGUCUUCAUGCCAGCGUCUUCUCACUGGUACUGGCUCAGCAGGCACCCCUCUUUACUACACUUACGUUGCGCGUGAGUGCACCAGUGCUUCUACGACGACCAUUUCCAGCACGUCAACCACGACGUUGACUUCCAUCUUCGGCUCGGUCGAGAGUGCCGGUGUUGCUGCUGAGACUUCCAUGAGCUUCGAUCUUGCCCCCUCCUCGGAGCUCGACAAGACGACCGUGUCCACCACGAUUACCGGCACUUGCGCUGGUGCUAGCACCAUCACCAUCACCGUCCAGGAGACCCCUAGCACUUCGACUGUCACGGCUUUCUACAACACGACGGUCAUCGGCUCUAUCACGACCUCUUCGCUUGUCAUCACCAGCAGUGAUCCUUCUUCGAGCAGUUCUGAGUCCUCGGACCCCAGCAGCACCGCUGACGCAGUCACCACUGGCGAUCCCAUGAGCUCGACCGUACUUAGCAGCUCUAUGCCAAGCAUUUUCACGCCCCCGACGACUCCGACAACGCCUCUGGCAUCCAACACGCCCGGUACUCCUGCCCCAACCGUCUUUGAUGGUGGUGCUGGUGUUGUUCAGGUCAACCAUGGCAUGUUGACCAUCCUCGCCUUUGCCUUCUUUAUUUUCCAGUAA